AUACCAAAAACAACCGUUCCAAGACAAAGAAAAUCCAUCUCAUUCCUCGAUUCUUCUCCUUCCUCCGCCUCUCAGGACAUUUUUUGGGAGAAUUCGACACCAAAGAGGAAAGGUCCACUGCCGAUUUAGUUUUGCGUUUGUUUGAAAGAUCGGGCUGUCAAGAUAGAUAUUGACAGCCCGGUCCCUUUUGAAGCGUGUUCAGGUAAGCUUAAGGAAAGGAAUAUAUACCGCAUUGCAGAAUAUUCAUCCGUGUUUUUCUCGUGCUUUUAAAACCAUGUUUUAGGUGUUAUUUGGAGUUACAAUAUAGUCUGGCCUCUGACUGCUUCUUGAAUUUUGAUUAGCUUAUAGCUUUUAAAGUUCAAACAAGCCAUUGUUGUUAUUUGUUGAUUUGACUGGUGGGUUGUGUCUUGACUCCCUUAAUUUUGUGCAGGUGAUUGAAUCUUGUAGUGGUUGUUGGCUUUCUGGGAAUUGACUAGAUUUUAGUUUUCUUUUAUAUUUUGGGUCUGUUGUGUGAUGAUAUUUGAGGGUUGCUUCGUAUUGGUAUGGUAGAUUUUGGACUGUAUGUUCAAUAUGGGUUCCUUUUCUGGAAUCCUUCAACGUCCUCUGGCUGCAGCUACUGCUAUUGUUGCAGCCUCAAUUUCUGCAGAUUAUUCUGUUAAGUUCUAUUCUCCAACCCCAGAACAGAUUCACCCUGCAACGUCUGAUUCAGUUCAGGAAUUGAAAUCUUUAUGGGUGGAUCAGAUAUCCGUUUCAAAGCUGGCAAAUUUGGCCUUUGUCACAAGAAUCCGUGUCCCUGUACCCAGUGUUAACUUCCCUGUUCCUAAUUCAGAACGUAAGGAUGAUCUCAAUAUGUUGUGUUCUUCUGUUACUUCAUCUCCUCUUCUUCAUAAUUUGUAUCAGUCCGCUGAGUUGGCAAAAGCGUCAAAGCCUGUUGCAUUUUCAAAGGGUAUCCCUCCUGCGGUGCCUGAUGUUCUGUACAGAUGGCAUUUGCCAGAACCAAGUUCUUUUGAUGUUUCUGGGACUUCUGAUUGUUCAUCGGGUAAGGCUCGGACAGUGGUUGUUUUGUUAGGAUGGUUGGGUUCUAAACAAAAGCAUUUGAAGAGAUAUGCAGAUUGGUAUACCUCAAGAGGAUUCCAUUGCAUUACCUUUACUCUUCCAAUGACUGAUAUUCUAAGUUACCGGGCUGGUGGGAACGUUGAACAGAACAUAGACUUGCUGGUGAAUCACUUGUCUGAUUGGUUGGAAGAGGAGCAAGGAAAAAUCCUGGUUUUUCACACUUUCAGCAAUACUGGGUGGCUAAUAUAUGGAGCUAUACUUGAGAGGUUUCAGAAGCAAGAUACUUCAUUGAUGGGAAGGAUUAAGGGUUGUAUUGUGGAUUCAGCCCCUGUUGCAGCCCCAGAUCCACAGGUCUGGGCUUCUGGUUUCUCUGCAGCUUUUCUGAAAAAGCAUAGUGUUGCAACCAAAGUGCUUGCAAAGUCAAGUGAACCUGAUAUUGGUGUCCCUGCUGGCGGCAGAUCAGUAGCAGAACCUAAACCUGCGGCAACUGAAGCUGCAUUGCUAUUGAUUUUGGAGAACUUCUUUAAGGUGGUUUUGAAUCUUCCCUCAGUAAACGGGAGGCUUUCUGAUGUGAUAAGUGUAUUGUCAUCCGGACAACCAAGCUGUCCUCAAUUAUACAUCUAUAGUUCUGCAGAUAGAGUCAUUCCUGCAGGGCAUGUGGAAUCAUUUAUAGAGGAGCAACGGAGGGCUGGGCGUGAUGUCCGCUCCUGCAACUUUGUCUCCACACCACAUGUUGAUCAUUUCAGAAACGAUCCAAAACUUUAUACAAGUCAGCUCAGCCAAUUUUUGGAGGACUGUGUGCUUAGUUGUUGCAAAAAUUGUUGAUCAUUAACACUCAUUCACUAACUACAGCAAAUAUUUUAUUCAAUAUAAUUUUUUCCUCAUGGUUUUAUAGAAAAUAAUCUCAUAGCGGUAUAGAGGUUAUUGAUUUGUAUACUGGGAGGAAAAUAGCUCUUCAUUGUACUUUGCUUAUGAUUUCCUCUUUUUGGCCAAAUACUUUGCUUAUGAUUAUUUCACAAGGAUUCUAGCCAUACAAGAAACAGAAAAAUAUAUAGUGGAAUAGAUGUGAAAAAUAUGUAGAGGAAUAAUCUUUAUUUGGGAUA